UAACCUCACACCCCCCCCCCCCCUGCAGCUGGUGAUUAUGUGGCCUGGACGUCUGUAACGCAGCGUUCACACACCUCCCUCCUCAGCUUGGGGGGCCACAUUCCUGAGAGCGUCUCUAUAUAUUAUUAUCUCCGUCUGCCGUGAUGUCAUCCCGCAACCCCCCCCUCGCCGCCCCCCUCCCCCUCCUGCAGCGCCCCUGGCUUCCUGUCAGCAUCAGCGGCUGCCAGCUGCUCGCCAAGACCCGCUUCGCCGAGACGUCGUAUCACAUCCUGCUGACGGACCUGCGGAGCGUCUGGGAGGAAGAGAUGGACUCUGCUGCCAUCCAGAGCCGAGCGCAGGAGCUGAACAGGCGUCUCCGAGCUCCGGUCAAAGCUUUCUUCUCCCACCUGUGUGAGGUGGCUGAGCCGUGCCUGUCUGGAGGAGGAGGAGGAGGAGGAGGAGGAAGAGGAGGAGGAGGAGGAGACAGCGAGGCUCAGAUCUCUCUGACCCGACAGGAAGACGGAAACAUCAGCAUGAGGCUGAAGAGCGAGCUGGCCGGUCUUCCUUUCUACUGGGAGUUUCACUGCACCCCCGCCCCCGUCACAGUGGUGUGUGUUCAGCUGGUGCGCCCCCUGCUGGCGAUGAGCCGCCUGCUGCAGCAGCAGGUGGAGCAGCUGGAGGAUCUGCUGGUGAGGAAGGACGCAGAGAUCCAAGACUACAGAGAGAACGGAGCCACACUCAGCAGAGUGGACUAG